AUGGACCGGCAAAGAACUGAAAGUCCGGUCUACACGCGCCAAUGGGCCACCGACUCCGGCGCUUCUCCGACGGCGGCAGUGGGGCAAAAUGCUCGUCACGGUCACCACUGGCGAUCCUCUUCCGCCUCCGGAUUCUCCACCAUCAAGCGAAACCAGAAUGUGGCUGCCAAAGCGGCGGCUCAGCGCCUGGCUCAAGUCAUGGCUUCUCAAACGGCUGAUGACGAGGACGAUGACAAUGACGGUGAUGAUCUAGGGUUUCGUUUCAGUGCGCAUCCGCCAAUGUCUCUUUCGAGGAGUGCUAAUAGUAACAGUAACAAGGCUACUACUUCUAGUAAAGCUUCGGUUACUGCAGCGUCUUCAAGGAUCAAUAGAUCUCCUUCACCUGCGUUAGCUAGAAAUUUUGAAGAGACUGCAUCGGUCAGGUCAACAUCAACUGGAAGGCCAGCAAUGUCUCUUAGAACGGCACCAGCAGCACCACCAGUGCCACCUAGCAAAGGAUCAUUGAUGACUGCGGUUUCUUUACCACCGAUGGAUCCUCCGAGAAAUGGGCAUAGAGAUGGUAAAAGAUUCUUGUCAGAUGUGGUACAUUUUAACUCAAAAGAUACAGGAGAUCAACGCGAGGCUUCUGCACUCCGUGAUGAACUUGAUAUGCUACAAGAAGAGAAUGGAAACAUCUUUGAGAAGUAUGGUACAAUGAAACCUGCGUCUAUUGUACAGCUCAGGCUCGAGGAAGAGAGAUGCAAGGAAGCAGAGGCCAGAGUCAAGGAGCUUGAGAAACAGGUUGCAGCUCUUGGAGAAGGAGUAUCUUUAGAAGCUAAAUUGCUUAGCAGGUUAGCUGUUCUGACAAAUUUGGCUGCACUUAAGGAUGCAAAACUAAAUAAUAUGGUGGAUAAGGAAAUUGCAUCUAUUCGGUCUGAAGUAGAGAAUGCAAAAGAUGAGGCAGCAGUUGUUGUGCAACAGCUACGGGGAGCUGAAUCUGAAGUGAAGUCCCUUCGUUCAAUGACACAAAGAAUGAUAUUGACUCAGAAAGAAAUGGAAGAGGUGGUUCUUAAGAGGUGUUGGCUUGCUCGAUACUGGGGCUUAGCUGCAAAAUAUGGUAUCUGUGCGGAUGCUGCUGUUUCAAAGCAUGAAUACUGGUCAUCCUUAGCACCUCUUCCCUUUGAGGUCGUUGUUUCUGCUGGACAAAAGGCUAAGGAAGAAUGUGAUGAGGACAGUGAGAAGAGAAGCACACUUGCUCAGGACUUGAGCGACCUGACUGGUGAAGGAAAUAUCGAGAGUAUGCUCUCAGUUGAAAUGGGUUUGAAGGAGCUUGCUUCCUUGAAGGUUGAGGAUGCUAUUGUGCUUGCGUUGGCCCAACAGCGGCGAGCAAACUCUCUUCGACUGUCCAUCUCAGAUCUUAAAUCACCUGGUGAUCCAAAGUAUAUGGAAGCAUUUGAAUUGAGUCCCGAGGAGUCAGAAGAUGUUCUUUUCAAGGAGGCGUGGCUUACAUAUUUUUGGAGAAGAGCCAAAGCCCAUGGUAUAGAGGAGGACACUGCAAAAGAACGACUCCAAUUUUGGAUUAGCCGGAGUUCACACUCGCCAAGUUCACAUGAUGCUGUUGAUGUUGAGCAAGGCCUAACGGAGCUCAGGAAGUUGGGAAUAGAGCAUCGACUGUGGGAAGCAUCUCGCAAAGAAAUUGAUCAGGACUCUUAA